CCCACCAAUAAAAAAAAACAAAGAAGCUGGAAAAUUGGUACAUAUUAUUCUUAAAUUCACUCAGCUCCCACCUCACAUUAUACUGCAACCUUCUCUUCUAGAAGCUUCAGUCUCUUCUUAUAUAUACAUCUCCUUACUCAACUUUCUGUCACACACAUUUUUUUUUUAUUGUAGUGAGUCUUCAGCCUCUUCAUUAAUUACCACAUUCAAAAAAAUUCCAUGGCUAGAUUAAUAAUGAUUAAAGAAGUGAAGUUCGUUAUUUUCACAAUCAUCGUGACGAACUCAAGUUGGGCCUGGGCUCAAAGGAUGUCUCAGGCCCAACCAGAAGAUUGGGCCAAAACGGUUGUAUCCGACAAAGAGAGCACCACCACUCUACAAUUCUAUUUCCAUGACACCGUAAGUGGCAAGUAUCCAAGCGCAAUUCAAGUGGCCAAGCCCAUCCAACCAGACCAACGGACCCCAUCGGGUUUUGGGGUCCUCUUGAUGGCAGAUGAUCCAUUAACAGUAGGGCCUGACCCAAAAUCAAAGCUCGUGGGCCGAGCCCAAGGGCUUUAUGGUUCGGCUUGUCAGGAUGAACUAGGCCUACUAAUGGCCAUGAGCUAUACUUUCAAUGAUGGAAAAUACAAUGGGAGCACCAUCAGCAUAAUGGGCCGAAACUCGGCCAUGAACCCGGUUAGAGAGAUACCGGUUGUCGGAGGGUCCGGGGUUUUCCGGAUGGCCCGUGGAUAUGCCUUGGCUCAGACUUACUGGUUCAACUUUACCACUGGUGAUGCCAUUGUUGGGUAUAAUGUUACUAUUUUUCACUAAGUAAGCUUAUUGGCAGUUUUGCGUCUAGCUUUUUUUUUUCCCUUCUUUUUUUGAGGUGUUUUGCCUCUAGCUCAAUAAAGAAAUAUUUAGAACAAUUUAGAUUGAUAUUUUCAUAAUUUUAUUUUUCUUUAAACAUAUGCUAAUAUGUAAUUAAAGAUAUUACUUUUUUUU